AUUUUAUAUUACGGGACGAAGGCGGAAGUUGGCUGUCGGCCAUAUUUGUUGUUUUCGGAACAUAAUUUUCUAGUGGCUGUUCGGUGAUCUUGUCGUGGAAUGAUUUAGACUAUGUCGAAUUCAACCAGAUAUUCUGUUGUAAGUAUGCGAAUGUUGUAGUUUAAGAGGCUGGGAUUGUAGAUGACUUUCCUAUAAAUUAAAUGUUCCGUCCAUAUUGUCUAAUUGUUAUAUGAUAUAUUAUUAUGAUAUUAUGAUAAAGGAUAUAUUGAUAUAGUUUUUGAAUUUUGUUUAUUUCGGAAGUAAAAUUUUAUUUUUAGGCUGGCAGUUCGUUUGAUUAGUGCUAAGGUGUAAUUAAAUGAUAAAGUAAACAAAGAAUAAGAGAAUACACGAAUUUCGAGGCUGAAUUAUUUGAUUAUUGCUUUUUGUUUUGAAGGUUAGAAACGGUGAAUCCAGUCCGGCAGAAGCGGUUGAUUCUUUUACGGAAGUAAAUCCUCCAGAUUAUAAUGAAGUUGUACCGGGCGACGAAGAAGAGCUUAGAAAAAUGCAAAAUGGUGCGUUGCCCAACUAUUCAAUUGCGACGGAUUUGCCAACUUACGAAGAGGCAGAGAGAACGAAAUUAUUAGAAGAAACCCAUAGACCUGAUUUUGCAGAAGGGAGUCUGAUAUUGAAUAGUGAGGGAAAUUCGAGUGAUUUGGCGUACGAGGCGGAAGUUGGAAAUGACGGAGGUUUCCUUGUUUGUUUCCUCAUUUCGUUUUUAUUCAAUUGCAUUGGACUGUUAUUUUCGGUUUGUAUAAGCCAUACCAUAGCCGGCAGAAGUGGAGCAUUGGCAGGUUUUGGUUUGUCGAUGAUAAAAUGGGUAUUUAUCGUCAAGCAAAGAAUAUGGCAUAAUCGUUCACAUCAUCUGAUGGGGUUUGAACCGUGGCUUUGGUGGAUUUUGGUUAUCUUGGGUUUGCUUUUAUUCGGAAGAGGAUGUCUGCAGUAUGUUAUCGCCAAGAAGGAGAUGAGAAGAAGAAGAAAUCAUGGUGAACGUACCUUUUUGUUCGCUUGGUGAAUUAUUGCGGAACUAUGACGAAGAAAACAUCCAAAUAUCGACGCUGUUCAAUUGUUAUCAAGUAAAUAAUCUGUGAACGCUAUUCGAGGCAGAAACGAUUUCAUUCCAAGCUGAUGUAAUUGAAUAGUUACACUUUAACUCUUUUAACUGAAUACAAAAUCUAAUAAGUAAUAUACAUAUGCAUAUAUGUAUAGAUAAGUAUACGUAUACGGUUUAUAGGUUUAUUUCCAGUUCUGUAAUAGCAUAUAUACAGCAUAGUAAAUCCGCAAAAAGUAUGGUAUCUUUAUCUUCAUCGUUAUAAUGGCUUAUCUGAGUAUGUACUUUAUUUAACUGGUU